GUGGUAAAAGGUAAAGUGACCACGAGAUGUUUAUGGAAUGCAUGCAAAGCUUUAAGCAUUGGAUUGUUACUUUUGACAAUCGGUACAUCUAUGGCAGUAGUUGGAUAUUACGCCGAUCAAUUAUCAAUAAGAUCGGAAAAGCGAGGAAAUUCUACGGUUAAAAUAAAAAACGAAAGUCAAGGAUUUCAUUUAAAUAAUUUAUCAUAUGCAGGUCCGAUCAUUAUGGGAAUUGGAGGUUUUAUAGUUGUAGCAGCUUGCGUUAUGACAUUUGAAGCACGUGACAGCGCAGCAAAAGUAGUACCCGCAAGAUUUAAACCGACAAUGAAUUCUUCGGUAAAUAGAGGAAGCGUUAAAUCAAGUCACACAACGAAAACGGUACAAAGAAUAGAAAGUAAAAAAAGUACGAGUUGUCAAACGGGUACUAAUAAAUAUCAAUUAAAAACUAACAAACUACAUAUUUAUAAUACCGGAAAUGAAUGGUCACCUAAAAACGAAUCGGGAGGUUUAAAAGGUUGCGUACUUCCUUUUUCACAGAUUUCCAGGGAUUUUUUAAAAAGUUCACAAUUCCAUGAAAAACAAAAUCGUUUUAAAAAUAAAUUUAACGCGGGAAAUUUAAAUAAAUCACCGUCGGCUCCAGAUUUGGUUCAGGUUAUGGAAAAUUUCGAUUUGUCAACACCGAAACAUGGAAAAUCUAAAGAAAAAUUUUUUUCGAAUCCAUCAAAUAAUUUACAAUGUACAAGAUCCCCGUGUGCAAGAGAUCCCUAUAAAAAUUCGGAGGGACCCACGAAUAAUUUACUUCUACGUCCGCAUUUUUUAAAAAGGCAAGCUCUAUCGGUGGAUAAUUCAUUUUACGAAAGUUUUAAAUGCUUGACACCGCCACUGACGAGACAAUUAGAAAAAGAUGAUAAAAAAUUAAGAGAAAGUAAAGAAUCAAUUGAUGGCGAAUUAAAUUCUUAUACUGGUCCCACCGGUUCCCAGGUUUCCAUGGCUUUGGAUUUACACGAUUGUCAAGUAACACUUAAAGUAAAAGACGAAUCUGCUAAUAAACGGUCAUACACGUCAAGGAGACAUCAAUUACUUAGACAAAAACAAGUGGAAGAAGACAAAGAUGAAAGAUAUAAUAGAUGUUCAUGCAUACCUAGAUUUUUAAUAUCACCCAAAGCGGAAGAAUUUCACGAUCAACGACAAAAAAUAAAUUUAUCAUCGGAAAAUAUUAAAAUUUUUUACGAUGAAAAACCUUCGUGCAUGAAAAUUCAUUCGCCGUCAAUGUCACCACGUGGAAAUUGUAGAAUUUACGAAUGUCACGCUCACAGGCAAAAUGCUCCCAAAUGUUUAAUUCACAAAUCGAAAGAAUUUAAAAAAAAUUGUUCGCUGGUUAGAAGCAACGCGAGGAAAAAAAAAUCUAACACGCAAAAAAUAGAGGGUAGUUUAUCGGCAGAAGAACAAAAUAUAUCCCGUGGGAUUUUUAUGGAUAAAACAUCGGAAUCGGUUAAUUUUAGAAGUGCUUCGUUUUCAUCGAGUAGAAAUUUAUUUAAAAGUAGUUCAUCGUCUAGAAACGACAGCAUUGCGGGAGGAAGAAGUCCUUCACCGAAAAAUCUAACGCAAACGCAAAGAGAAACAACCCUAACUGAAUUAAAUGAAAUUGAUUUUGAUAAAAAUAACGAAAGCAGUAAAAAAACAACGGAUGAACCCGAUGACCCAUCUUGA